UUAAUGAAAAAGACGACAGUGGAGUCUUCAUGGAAGAGGAAUCAAUGGCAGUAGAGGAAUGCCUUUUGGAUAAUGAUGUCAUCAUAGUUGGCGAAAGUAGUCGUGUAAAGUCUGUAGACAUACAUUCACGUAAAUCUGCAAAAGAAUUAUUGGGAUUCAGUAUUUUGAAGCCACAGCAAGUAGAAGUAGUUGAAGCUGCUCUGUCCAAACGAGAUUGUCUGGUAGUUAUGCCGACUGUUUCCGGCAAAUCAGCUUGCUUUCUAUUACCUGGAUUGAUUGAGCAUGGAGUAACUAUUGUUAUUUCUCCCUUGAAAAGUCUGAUAUGUGAUGAACUGCACUCGUACCUGACAGAAAACUGUCCAAGUGAUGAAAUUCCACAUGUAAGUGAUGACGAAUUGGAAAACCUGGAAAUUUCUUUUGCGUCCACCAUAGACCUGACAAUGGACGAAGAAAUUGAUGAGGAUUUGGUUAAAGAGGAGCAAAAAAGGAGAAUGAGUGAUGAAGAUGAUGGCUGCAUGCAAGUUAAACGUAAAAAAAUUCAAUAA